AUGAUCUCUGAUGAAGCUUCCACACUCUUGUAUUCUGACAGAAAGUCGAGCGUUCCAAUUGUCGAAUCGACAUAUGGAAAUAAGAAAAAUUAUUCAGACUCAAUCUCCAGAUUGAAGAGUUUUGUCUUUUGCCCGCUACAUUUACAUGGGUUGAGGAAGGAUUUGGUGGAGAGAGGUUUCUACUACACAGGUGUUGGCUACUGCAUCAGAUGCUACGCCUGUUUUAGUGAAAUAACGUUUAAUGAAAAUCAGACAAUGGAAAAUUUGAGUGAACGACACGGCAAAAGAUGCAGGUUUUUUUUCCGUAAUAGUUCCACAACUCCAACCAAGCAUGUCCAAGAAAAAUUUGAUGAAAUAGACGGAUUGGCCAAAAGUGACGACGGUCCUUGUGGGACUAAUAUAGAAAGUCUUAUUAAAAGACUCGAAAUGGAGAACAAAAAGCUUAAAGAAAUAUGGUUAUGUCGAAAGUGUAGAGUCGAAGAAGUUCAAACGUUAUACCUCCCUUGUCGGCAUUUCAUCUGUUGUCAGACAUGCGCCGAAGAGUCCAGUCACUGUCUCGACUGCUCUGAAAAAAUUCUGGGAACUGUUCGAGUGUUCAAGGAAUAA